AUGGAUCCGUCAAGGUCGGAAUUCGCAAUACAUGAAGCUGCUCGUGAGGGCAAAGCCGGCGUCGUUGACUCCCUACUAAAUGCAAACCCCAAGCUCGCCACACAAAAAGACGACGAUGACCGCCUCCCCAUCCACUGGGCGAUCGCCAACAACCACCUCGACAUCACAUCUACCUUAAUCAACACCCGUAACUUCGACCCGGACACACCAGACGGCUCGGGCUGGACCCCGCUCAUGAUCGCCAGUAGUCUGAAAGACAACCAAGGCGAGCAGACGGUGGAUCUGCUUCUCCAGAAAGAUGUCGAGGUGAACGCGCAAAGCUUCAAUGGCCAGACCGCUUUACAUUUUGCAUCUUCGAAGGAUAAUCUCGAUAUCGCGCGCAAACUCAUCGAGCAUAAAGCCUCGACCCGACUCAAGGACAAGAGGGGCCAGUUGCCGCUACAUCGCGCUGCUGCGGUGGGGUCUAUGCCGAUCGUGAAACUGCUGUUAGAGAACAAGAGCCCGUUGAAUGCGUCGGAUGUUGAUGGGAUGACGGCGCUGCAUCAUGCGACUUCAGAGGGGCAUGGGGACGCUGCGGUAGCUUUGUUGAAGGCAGGAGCGGAAACGGACAAGAGGGAUAUGGAUGGGAGAUUAGCAAUUGAUACCGCGCCGGAUGCAAAGGUCCGGAAGUUUAUUCUUCAAUCCGCGGAGCGAGAAGGCAUCGAGAUUGUUACGAGCUGA